AUGUUUGUGGAUAUCACAGACUUCUCGUCAUCUUCGAGUGGCAGUUCCGACAGUCCAGAGGGGAUCAAUAAAUGGUCCAUGUCGCAGCCGAACACAAGCCAGGUUCCUAUUAGCAUUCCGAGCAGCAUAGAGGAUCUUCUCAGCACGAGACUGAGUCCAGGACAGCUCCAGGCCAACUACCAAAAACUAGAUCUCCUCAAGAAGUCUUCCUUCUACAUCGUGUUGGUGCGUCAUGAUGGCCGCCAGCCAGACAAUGAGCACUACAUCUCCAACUCCACCAUCUUACAACACAUUGACAUACCAAAGUUCAAUUGUGUGAAGGUGGAUGGGAGGAGCCAGGUGAAGCUCAAGCUGGAGCUGCUUGAGAUGCUACAUGAUGAGCUAUUCAGGGGUCAACAGGAGCUGGAGAACAUCUUGGCUGAAGCAGGUGGCACAUCUCUCGAGCUCAGAGAAGUUGAGCUCCGUGAGAAGGUCUUCAGGCUCCAUCAGGUGGCUGAAGAGUUUGAUGCGGUGAUGAUUCCUGGGAGGCUUUCUAUUAAACACAGCCUGCUCCGUGAGCUGGAAAGGAAAAGGCUGCCAAGGUUCCAUCUGGUGCUGGAGGCCGAGCAGCCGUUGCUAUUUAACAGAGAGGAAACCCAAGCCUUCUGUGAUUCGGUGGUUCUUCACUGGUACAUCCCUGAACAGGAGCAGCACGACCCGGGUGUGAAAUUCGAAGUCUCUUACAAAAUCCUCAAUCCGACAGACAUGGCAGAAGCUAGACAGUUCGGCUGGAUGUCCUGCUCAGGCUACAACAUUAAUCUCAACAAUCUGGUGCCAGAGCGCAGCUACCAGUUCAGCGUGAAGAGACUAGAGACCUUCGGGUUGGUUUACGAGGUCUGGAAUGACACCAUCGUCCUCACAACCACCUCACAGCACACCGGCAUGUAG